AAAUAAAAGGAAAAGUGAAAAAUCUGAUCUCUCCCAUCCUUCCGCUACUGCCAUUUGUAGGGUUCCAUUUCUGCAAAUCCUGCGAGUUUCCUUCUCAUCUCGAAUCGAGUGUGCACCAUUUUCCUUGUUUAAUCGUCCCAUUUGGGGGGUUCCCGUUGAAAUCGGCAAGCUGUCCAUGAUGAGCGCCGGCGCCGGCGGUCCCGAGUGGCCGUCGAACAGAGAAAACGACCCUGUUGGAGACGAGCCCGCCGUCCCUUUAACAAGCGGCUGUACAGCAGCUGGUGCUGAGAACGAAGCUAGUGUUUCACUCUUUGGUGCCGACAGUUCAACUGACACAAGGGUUUCCGAUAAUGUGAAUGAAUCUGGGGUUUUGAAGUUCGAAAAUGAUGAAACUAGUCCGGACGAUGCAAGUGGAGGAGCUUUGGAGAAUCAGCACAGUCAUUCUGUUUCGAGAAAAAAUGGUCAUGGCGAGGAGAGUACUGACGCACGCGAUUGCAAGUAUGCGGGUAAGAAAGCAAAAGGUGCAGUUGCCAAUUACGAUUCGAUUUUGUCUGAGUUUGAUCACUUUGCUGCUAAAGGAUCUUCUGAAGCUGUUAGAUUUGGAUAUGAAAUUGGGGAUAUGGUGUGGGGCAAGGUGAAAUCCCAUCCAUGGUGGCCUGGUCACAUUUACAAUGAAAUCCCAUCCAAGCGGGAGGGCCAUGUGUUGGUAGCGUUUUAUGGAGUCAGUAGCUACGGGUGGUUCGAACUAGAAGAGCUAGUUCCAUGUGAAGAGAACUUUGCUGAGAAAUCGCGGCAAACUUCUUCGAGAGCUUUUGUUAAGGCAGUGGAAGAGGCCGUGGACGAUUUGUCACGAAGAAGGGGCUUGGGUUUGGCCUGCCGGUGUAGAAAUGAGUUCCACUUCGGGCCUUCGAAGAAGGAGGGCUACUUUGUUGUAGAUGUUGGGGAUUGUGAACCUGGGGUGUUCUCUUCUCGUCAGAUAAACAAAGCGAGAGAUGAUUUUCGGCCAAAGAAAAUGCUUUCUUAUGUCCUACAAAUGGCCUUGACACCCAUGACUGACCAGCAUUGGACAAUUGAUUUUAUCAAGAACAAGUCCACGGUUUUAGCGUGCAGGAAAGCACUGUUUGAGGAGUUUGACGAAACAUAUGCACAGGCCUUUGGAAGUGUACCGGACCGCCCUCCUCGGCCAACUAGACCAAUAGCUGUGGAUCCAUCUAAAGUAAGCGUGCAAAAAUGUUUCGGAUACUACAAAAGGGAAAACUGGAAGAGUUCACUGUUCUGCUUUGAGGGUCACGUUACUAUGUAUGAGUAUCGUGGACGUGGAGCUGCUGAUGGGAAUGGGAAAUUUGUGAUGAGGGUUGCUGUGGAGGCUUGAUGAAAUUUACUGUAGGCACACACAGGAACCUUUUGGGUUUUUAAAGCAAAAUGACAUUUAGGCCGGUGGCUCAGGAGCCUGAGGGGUGCAUCAUGAACUGGAGCAACGGCGAAGAUGUUCUCACCAACUGCGUGAAAUUCCAACAUAUCUCCUGCGACCCAGCCAUUUGCCUCAUGUCAAGCACGCCAACCACCAGCCCAAGGAAAAGCUUGGAGGCUCUGUCUCAUUAAAGCUCUCACGUGAAACUCGCCAGCAAGGGUGAGGAAGGUGACUUGCACUCGGGGAGCAUGAAAAACGAUAUGGGCAUGUAGGUUGUCAUGUAUUUCAAGAUUUCAAAGAUCAGACUUUCGUUGCAAUGGCGAGGUCAGGUUCCUCCUCAGCUGCAAUGACGGAGGCAGGUUCCUCCUCAGCUGCAAUGACGGAGGCAGGUUCCUCCUCAGCUGCAAUGACGGGGGCA